AUGAAAGGGCUGACCCUCACACAACUCAAAAAACGCCCGCUCAAGGAGCCGACGAACCUCCUCUGCGAGUGGAAGUCGGACGAGGAGGCCGUGGUCCUGGAAGUGACGGAGCCGGGCACAAGGCGGUUGAAGGAUGCUCCAAUCUCCAUGAUGAGGCAGCUGCUUCUGGAGAUGGAGCAGAACGGGGUAGUCGAUCUUACGGUAAACUCCCACCACAUGGAGCGGGCAGGAGCCGAAGUGGAUCGAUUCACGAUCAGCCCAGAUCCCGAGCAGAUUCCGCUGGUGUUCAAGUACUUGAAGAAGACCCAAAGCGAGCAGUUCAAGUUCACGACAGGGGCCAGCUACUUCACGAACAAGGAACUCACCUCCUCUGAGGCACUUCGCCUAGUCUGGCGGGAGAUCAGCCCGAAGAAGCCGCUUUAUUUCUUGAAGAGGACGACGUCGCUUGUGAAGCAGCAGGUGAUGCGAUUGAUCUAG